AUGGGGUCAAAGCAGUACGUUGUCGGUAUCCGUUCAAGCCCCAAUAGUCCAAUCCAUGUACUCACCUCAUCCAUCUGCACAAAAGUCCAGGGUCCGCUAGGACCAAAUUACGCCUCAGUUGGUUCCCACUAUCUCAACCAAACGGGAGAUGGUGAGCAGAUCACGAUCGUUAAGACUCAGAAUCAUACAAUGCUGAACACUACAUCCUCGGAAUUUCCCUACGACUUUGGCAAUUUAAUUCUGGAAACACCAAGUAAGAUCCCACCCGCUAAUCUUCCUUUCGUGGACGACUCGCAAAUCAAACGGGGAAUGUUGACUAAAGUGAUGGGAUGGGGAACGACCGCAGAAUUUAUCGAAGAGACAGCUGAGUACUCAUAUGAAUUGCGUGAUUCGUGUGCAGGCGGUCAACCUGGAAAAGGUUUUGAAGUUGGGGAUUUUGGUGCUCCACUUGUCUUAGAGAACGGUCUAGGAGACUCGGAUGACGUUCUCAUUGGUGUUGUUGGUCAUUUUGGACUAGGCGGUCAAGCAGGUGUGCCGACAGCCAGUUCUCGUGUGUCAGUAGCAAUGGAGUAG